AUGGAGCUGAUCGGCAACGACGAGCACAAUCGGACGCUGAGGCACUACCGGCGCGUCUCGUGUGUUAGGUACGUCUCCAAUGGGCUGGCGUUUCUGGGCCUGGCCAGCCUGGGACUGCCAUUCAUUUGGCCCUACUCGCCGUUCCCGCACGACACGUUUCGUUUCUACGCGGUGCCCGAAGUGUGCGCGUUCUUCUUCUUCGUCUCCGGAAUCGUCGGCUCGUUCCUCGUCUUCGCCGGCAGUCGUCAAUGCUACCUGGGCAUGCUGCUGCUGGCCAUGAUUGCACUUACGAUUUGCGCGCCCGUGAUGCUGCUCCUCUCGGCGGCGCUCCUCUACUUCGGCAAGAAGCAAUGCUGGGGUGCGGCCAGCGGCAAUGUGUGGCCCGGCUCCAACACUAGCGAGUUGACGAUGAUCUGCGAUAAACUACGGAGCCCUGGCGACAACUUUAUGCGCAUCGGAAGUUCCUUCGAGCUGGACCUAGUGAUGACUAUGUUGAGCAUGACGCUAUGGCUCUUUGCCCUGAUGCUCUUCAUUUUAAUGUGGAAGAUUGUCGCGCACAUGCCGGAUAUCAAACAAAUCAGCAACAAGCGCAACCAGCUUCGCCAGAUGUUGCACGAGGGACGUGAAGAACGAAACCCCGACGAGGAGACGCCGCAGCUGGUGCGCUGUGACCCGAAGAUCCAGCUGCGCUUUCCGCUCAAUGACACGACGCCGCAUGUCUACAUGGGCCCUCGCACGCCGUCCGAUUACACGGUUUCUGAUGAUGACGAAAAGCCCGAGCCGAGGACGAUGAACUUCCAGCGGACGACAGCCACGCGUACGGCCGACGAUCUGGACACCAGCGCGCAUCGCCUUCUGCAGCGUCAGCACGGCUACGCCCAGCUGCCGAGCCCCGGGUCGCUGUCCGCC